UCCUGGGCUCUUAACUGCGCUCCGAGUGUGGAAGGCUGCAGCUGCUGUUCCCUUUUCCCACAGACCCGGAUCCACGGGCCUCGGAGCAGGGAAGGGCUCUCAAAGCGGGAAAACACCCUUCCUUUCAUCUCUUUCCCUUUUUGACCCUGCUUGCACAACAUAGUCUCCUUGUUGUUUUGUGUUGUUGUUUUUAACAAAAUGGCCGCCGAUGAGAGCUUCAGUUACAUUGUGCCGGGUCAGAGUGAGAAGCACAGGAGGGCCAGGAACUGGACGGACGGGGAGAUGAAGGGCCUGGUCUACGUGUGGGAGGAGUACGUCACCGAGCUCAAGAAGGCCAAGAGGAACGCCAAGAUCUACGAGAAGAUGGCCAAGAGGUUCUUCGACCUCACGGGCGAACAUCGGCACAGGGAGGAGAUCAAGAUGAAAAUUACCAACAUGACCUUCCAGUACAGGCAAAUGAAGUGCCUGAGCAGCGCAGGGGCCCCUCUCCCGGAGUGGCCCUUCUUCAAGGCCAUCGAUAAGAUCCUGUCCAAGGCCCCCGACCCGGGCCGGCAGCUGGGCUUGGAGCUGCCGCAGUCUGGCCCCUCCACGUCCCACACGGAGGCCUCGCCCUCCCUCCCCGCCACCUCCCCCACGGGCCUCCUCCCGGAGUACACGGGCUCCUCCGACGAGCAGGAGCGCCAGGACGAGGCCGAGGGCUCGGAGACCUCCGGAAGCCUGCACUCCCAGGAGUCCAGGUCCCAGCCCGUGCCUCUGAAGCGACGGAAGGUCCAGCGCUGCGGGCUGAAGAAGAAGAAGCUGAAGAUCAUGGAGGCCAUGCUGCAGGAGCAGAGGAAGGUGAGCCGGGCGGUGGAGGAGACCUGCAGGGAGGUGCGCAGGGUCAUGCACCAGCAGAACUUCCUCCAGGUGCAGAGUCUGCAGCUGCAGGAGCGCAUGAUGAACCUGCUGGAGAAGAUGAUCUCCCCGCCCGUCCAGCCUGCCGCCUGGCCCCACGCCGGCAUCAAGGAGCCGGGCCACGGGCAGAGCUGAGAGGGCCCGCAUCGACCAGGCCCGGGCCUGGGACUACUGCGGAGACCACAGCUGCUUAUCCACGGAUAAACCUUUUUUUAAUGCCUCGAACAGUGUUUCUCAACUCCAGUCCUCGGGACCCACUU